UAUGAUAGUGAAAUAGGAGAAACAAGUAAAUCAGAAGAUCUUGAAUAUAUAAAUAAAUCUGAAGAUAUAGUUAGAAGUAAAUUAACCUACAAAGAAGAUUCUGAUGAAAGUAAUAAAGAUAAAGAUAUGGAAGAAUACUUUAAGCAGAAAAAAAAAUUUGAAGAAUUAUUAGAAGAACUGACUAUCAAGUCUAGUAGAGA